ACAUACGCACACGCACACACACACACACGCCGACACGCAUCACACAGCGCACAUCACACACACUGACCCACACCACACUACCUCCCCAUAUCUACACAUCUCCCCCCCACACUGACACACACCGCACACUGACCCCCAAACUGACCCCCCACACAGACACACAGACACACACACAGAGACACACACACACAGACAGACACACACACACACACACACGCAGACACACACACAGACACACAGAGACACACACAGACACACGACAGAGGCCGAGCAGCAUGCACGUCAACGGCAAGGUGGCCCUGGUGACCGGGGCGGCCCAGGGCAUCGGCAGAGCGUUCGCCGAGGAGCUCCUCAGCAAGGGGGCAAAGGUGGCCCUGGUGGACCUCAAUGGCGAAGCGGGGGAAAAGUGCAAAGCCGCCCUGGACCAGCUGUUCGACGCCCAGAAGACGCUGUUCCUCCAGUGCGAUGUGGCCGACCGGGCCCAGCUCAGAGAUACUUUUAGAAAAGUGGUUGACCAUUUUGGAAGACUGGACAUUUUGGUCAAUAAUGCUGGCGUGAAUAAUGAAAAGAACUGGGAAAAAACUGUGCAAAUCAAUUUGGUUUCUGUGAUCAGCGGAACAUAUCUCGGCCUUGACUACAUGAGUAAAUUGAAUGGACGUGAUGGAGGAGUCAUUAUUAAUAUGUCUUCUCUGGCAGGGCUCAUGCCUGCCGCCCACCAGCCCGUAUACAGUGCUUCGAAACACGGCAUCAUUGGCUUCACGCGAUCUGCAGCGAUAGCUGCCAAGUGUGCCAACAGCGGAGUGCGACUAAAUGCCAUCUGCCCCGGCUUCGUGAACACCCCCAUCCUCGAGUCCAUCGAAAAGGAAGAGAAUAUGGGACAAUAUAUUGAAUACAAAGAUAAAAUCAAAGACAUGAUGAAAUUCUACGGCGUGUUGGACCCUUCCAUCAUCGCCAAGGGACUGAUAACCAUCAUUGAGGAUGAUACUUUGAAUGGCGCCGUGAUGAAGAUCACAACCUCUCAGGGGAUUCACUUCCAGCACUAUGACACGUUGCCUUUUCAGUCCAAAAGUCUGUAAGGCGUCUAACAGCGAUGGCUUCAUCCAGCUGCCGGCUUCCAAAGGAUUUUGCCGGUUGAAGCCUUUUCUGAAAAACACGGAGAGAUGACAUUUUCCUAGAGUGCGCAAUAUCUCAAUCAGUAAUUUUCUUCCGGGAGAUUUAUUGGGCAUAGGGUGAUCAGUGAUGCUAGAUCAGAGAUGAGAAGGUCAAAGUUUGAUGCACGGAACAUCCCAGAUGGGUCUGUCUGGUUUCCGAAGGUUCGGUCUCACCAUCCUGCCAGUAGAAAAGCUGCGUUCAGCCAGUCAAUCAGUCCAUCAAGAGUACUUAUUGAGCGCUUAUUGCGUGUACUAAGUGCUUGGAAGAGUACAAUGGAAGACACAAUCCCUGCCCACGAGGAGCCUUCGAUCCAGUGGAGGAGUUUACACACAAGCAUAAAAUGGCUUUCGGAGUGGUGAUUUUUUUUUAAGAUACUUGAAUCUUAGUCCUAUAAUAUAUAUAUGUAUAUAUAUCCACAACAUAUUCCUCCCUCCCAAAGGCGUAAUUCUGAACAAAACCCUUUUAUUACCAAGCCAAGAAUGAUGACUCGUUCACGCGUUUGAGCCGUCCUAUCAACAACUGCGCGGGAAUACUAUUUUGUACUGCGUCACUCCAUGGCUCCACAGAGUUUAUUCCCCUCAUCUGGAUGGGGUCCCUCAGGCCUCAGAGACUGAAGGAUGGGCAGUGGGAGGAAAAACAGGGCUCUCAAAGCAACUGCCUACCCAGCGGAUACAUUUCCUUCCUUCCUGAGUAGCAGCGUGGCUCAGUGGAAAGAGCAUGGGCUUUGGAGUCGGAGGUCAUGGGUUCAA